AACUUUUUUCUUCUCUUUUGCUAUAAAAAGCUCACAAAUAUCUUCUCCGCUUUGGCGCUUAUGAGGGCUUUUAUUUUGUUCUCUUCUCCUAUUCUCUGUUUAUUCAACAAUAUUUCCUUUUGGUUUUCGGUCAAUGUACUUUCUUUCCAUUGGCCGUUUUUGUCCAAUUCUAGCUAAUUUCUAAUUAAGCAUAGACAUAUAUAUAUAUAUAUAUAUAUAAAUCAAAUUAUAGUAUGUACCCGCAGCCUCACAACCACCACUUUGAUGUUCCUUGUUUCCAUUGCCACCCCCAUGCCUAUAUCCGGAUGGUCCAACAUCUGAUAGAGAGAUGCUUGCUGCUUCAUAUGAGUCGAGAUGAGUGCGUAAAGGCAUUGGCUCACCAUGCAAACAUUCGCCCUCUCAUAACACUUACAGUGUGGAAAGAGCUCCAGAAAGAGAAUUCUGAAUUCUUCCGGGCAUAUUUCCAUACUAUUUCUCCCAAUCCAUUCCUCCGUACCCAAAUUCACGAGGGGUGAGCCGAGCGCAAUGAGAAGACAAUAUCACUGGAGGUGACCCAUAAUUUGCAAUACAUAUAUGAUGAUUAAUUAAUUUAGGUUGUUUCUAGAUCAAGUAAGUUCUUAUACUACUACUGCUAUUAUUAUUAUUAUUAUUUAUUUUGGAACAAAAAAGUGAAGAUGUGUAAAAGUAUGAAUGCUAAAUGUAAAUGUUUAGAGAACCGAUUAGAUUUUUGUUUACUAAAUUGAUAAAUGGGUUAUCUCCUUGUGUCCACCACUCUGAUCUCCAUAUGCUGAUUGAUUAAUACAAGAUAUUUUCUCAUA